UUUAUCUAUGACUGGUUUCAUGUGUUCAUCCAUGUCUGAAUCAGCUGUUACUGUCCUUGUUGCAGUUUCUCUCCAGAGAGGUCUGAUACCUCAAAGCAGAUCAAGUUCCUGGUGGAUCUCCUGUCUCAAGCAGCAGAGUGGGAGGAGCAGACAGGAGAGAAGACACUGAAGCUGGUAUCAUCAGUGUGGACUUACAGAACCUUUCCUUAUCGCCAUGGAGACAAUUAUAAACAGAGUGAUUUCCUGUUGGAUCUGUACUCACGUGUGAGGGACUAUGAGACUCAAACAGGCAGGAUGGUCCUUCCAGCAUUACAGGCAGUUUACCAGUCAGCCAGUCCUGCAGUCUGGUACAUAGACCUCUCAGAGAGAAAGGCCUCCCUCCUCCUAGAAGUGCUGAAACUCCAACCAGAGAAGAAACCAGUAGAGCUGCAGGGCUGGUCAGAUGAAGAGAGUGAAGUGAGGAGUUUCCUUCAGUGUCUGCCCUACAUCUCACAGCUGAGUUUCUGUCCAUGGUGGUUUGAUACCUCAAAGCAGAUCAAGUUCCUGGUGGAUCUCCUGUCUCAAGCAGCAGAGUGGGAGGAGCAGACAGGAGAGAAGACACUGAAGCUGGUAUCAUCAGUGUGGACUUACAGCACCUUUCCCUUCUGUGAUGAUGAUUAUGAUGAUGAGAGUAAGGAAUAUCAAUGUGAUUUCCUGCUGGAUCUGUACUCACAUGUGAAGGACUAUGAGACUCAAACAGGCAGGAGUUUCCUUCCAGCAUUACAGCCACUUUACCAGUCAGCUCCUGCAGUCUGGUCCAUAGACCUCAGAAAGAGAAAGGCCUCCCUCCUCCUAGAAAUGCUGAAACUCCAACCAGAGAAGAAACCAGUAGAGCUGAAACGCUGGUCAGAUGAAGAGCGUGAAGUGAGGAGUUUCCUUCAGUGUCUUCCCUACAUCUCACAGCUGAGCUGUGAAGAUGAAAGGUUCUUCCAGACUGUGUGUGAGUCCAUCCCUGUGAGGUCCAGAGAGGAGGACCAGCAGUUGGCCUCUCUCCUCCAGGCCUUGGGCUCCAGCCUGUCACUGGGAGGAGUGUUACCCAGGAAAACCUGCAGGUCUGUGGGGAGAGUCCUGGGUCUCUGUGCCUCCAGUGUGGACCUCACUCUCACCCCCAGCAAGAUCUCUCUCCAAGGAGCCGCACUUCUUUUGAGACAUGAGUCAAAGCUCCACAAGCUCAGGCUGAAUGUGGGUGUGGCAGUGAAACUGUCCAGACUGGUUAGGAGGACAGGGAGAGGUGCUACUUCACUGACUGUCCCAGAGCUCUCCCUGGACCUAAAGACCAGCCAGCCACCAGAGAGAGUGUUAUCCAGGGCUCUGAGUAGUGUGGCAUCCCUGCUGAGAUUCUGGAGGGUUCAGUGUCUGGACCUGACUGACUUCUGCAUCCAGGGUCACUCUCUCAUCACACUGCUGUGUCACCAGGGACCUCUCUCUCUCAGACUGAACUCAGACACUCUGCAGCAGCUGACUGUAGUUGUGUAUGAAGCUCAGGACAAGGACUUGACUCAGUGGUUCCUGGAGAAGGUUGGUGGAGACCUGACCUCCUGCAGGCUGGACUGGGAAGUGCUUCUCUCUCUGCUGCAGCAUUCAACCCACAACAUCAUUGUGGACCUCAGGAAGAACAGGCUUCUAGAGAAGCACAUCUCAGAUCUUCUCCCCUUUCUGGGAAGGGUUACUCUCAAGAGGUCCAGUUCCAGCUUUGUAAAGUCCUCCAUCAGACAGAUCUAUGACAGUAGAGACAGUGACUGUGUGUCCAGUUUGUUGAGGUCUUCAGACCAUUGGAUCAACCUGAACAGCAGAGAGCUGGACAGAGUGGACUGUACCGCUCUGUGUUUUACCCUGCAGCACAGCCACCAAGUCAAAAUCAACCUGCUGUGGACCUCCAUACCACCGGGGGAGAUAGAGAGCAUCCUGCCUCUUCUGGACAGAGUCUCCCAACUCAGUGUUGACAGGAGGUUACUGCUGAGUUUCCUCCAGUGCUGUGCUGCCUCUCAGGUCCAGCAGGGGGGACCAUCAUCACUACCAACAGCAGUAUGGCUGCUCAGGUCUCUGCAACACAGGCUGGACUUGUCCUGCUCCUCCUCUGUGGACCUGUCUGCUCAGAACCCAGGGGAGGCUCUGUGUCUGACCAUUGACCACUGCAGGGCCAUCCACUCUGUUCUGAAGCAGAAUCAACACAGCACCCAGCUGGUCCAGAACCAGGUCCAGCUCAUCCUAAGAGACUGUGAGGUGGAGGACAGAGCACUGAGGGAGCUGCUUCCCAUCCUUCAUCUUAUUGUCAAGCUGAGCCCCAGCAAAGCUCUGCUACUUCAGCUGCUGGACCUUGUGCGUGAGGGGAUUGAAGAGGGGCUGCUGAGGCACGCAGAGUCCCUGUGCAGAGCCCUGGAUGGGGAGCUGGACCUCAGUGAGACCAGGCUGGACCAGAAUGCCUGUGGAUCUCUGGCCCUGGUUCUGGAACACUCAGAGGGUCUGUCAGAACUGGACCUCAGCCACUGUCAACUCACAGACCACCAGCUACAGCUCCUGAUCACACACCUGCAUAAAGUACAAGUCCUGGACCUGAGCCACAAUGACAUCACUGAUGCUCUGACUGACAGAAUACUCCAACUGGUCUCUACCAACACUUCAAUACACACCAUACGACUCUUCAACAACAGAAUCCAGGACAGAAGACCCUUCCUGACAGACAAGAGGUUUGACAUCUGGUGCAACAACAUCAGGUCUUAGUUCAGGAAGAGAAGGCUGAAUCCAGGACAGAAGAUCCUUCCUGACAGACAAGAGGUUUGACAUGUGGUGACGAUAAUGUUGUAUAAUAACAGGAUAAUGUGGUCAAUAUAGAAAGCUUUAUGCGAAUCAUACUUGAUGUUUUUGUGAUCAGUCAAUUUGUGACAUUUAUAGUUUAGUUUUGAUCAGAUUGCUGUGAAUGUGUUCUACAAUUGUUUGUUGAUGACAGCUUUACACACUCUUGGCAUUCUCUCAACCAGCUUCACCUGGAAUGAUUUUCCAACAGUCAUGAAGGAGUUUCCACAUAUGCUGAGCACAUGUUGGCUGCUUACACAGCUUGGAGGUGUGUUGUGUCAUUGUCCCGUUGAAAAACAAAUGAUACUUCCACUAAGCACAAACCUGAUGGGAUGGCGUAUCGCUGCAGAAUUCUGGGGUAGCCAUGCUGGUUAAGUGUGCCUUGAAUUCUAAAUAAAUCACUGACAGUGUCACCAGCAAAGCACCCCCACACCAUCACACCUCCUCCUCCAUGCUUUACAGUGGGAACCACACAUGCGGAGAUCAUCCGUUCACCCACAACGUGUCUCACAAAGACACGGCAGUUGGAAACAAAAAAUCUCAAAUUUGGGCCCCUCCCUUGUCACAACACAACUAAUUGGCUCAAACUUAUUAAGAAGGAUAAAAAUUCCACAAAUGAACUUUUAACAAGGCACACGUGUUAAUUGAAAGUAAUUCCAGGUGACUACCUCAUCAAGCUGGUUGAGAGAAUGCAAAUGGUGUGCAAAGCUGUCAUCAAGGCAAAGGGUGGCUACUUUGAAUAAUCUCAAAUAUAUUUUGUUUAACACAUUUUUGGUUACUACAUGAUUCCAUAUGUGUUAUUUUAUAGUUUUGAUUUCUUCACUAUUAUUCUACAAUGUAGAAAAUAGUAAAAAUAAAGAAAAACCCUUUGAAUGAGUAGGUGUGUCCAAACGUUUGACUGGUACUGUCUGUAUAUAUAUAUAUAUAUAUAUAUAUAGUGGACUCACCUGGACUCAAUCACCUGUUUUAUUACCUAUAUCUGUCUGUUUCUCAGUUUUCUUCCCUGUGUCACCGUUAUUGUCAUUUGCGUUUCCCUUGUCCAGACGCUGUUCUUGUUUUGUCUGAUGUCCGUAUUCUGUUUCUUGUCCGUUGGUUAUUAAAUGUUCACACCCUUACUUUGCUUCUCGUCUCCAGCGUCGGUCUUCACAGUACUAUCCUAGUUCAAGUCAGAACAAAGCUGCCUGAAGAAAGAGGGGUCACAUACACAUUGAAAACUCCAGCCCAAAGUGGGAGGUUUAGAAAAUACUUUCUUAAAAGUAGUGGAGCAUCUCUUUAAGACCCUUGUACCUCCAUUUGUUGUAAAUAUUAGGGGUAAAUAUCAAUUUCAUCUAAUUUUAACCUUGCUUUGUGUAUAUCAUCAAAUCUAAUUGUAACAGUCACAUGUUUAGUAGAUGUUAUUGGUCACAUACACAUGUUUAGUAGAUGUUAUUGGUCACAUACACAUGUUUGGUGACAAGUAGAUGUAGACAGAUGUAGUAGAUGUUAUUGGUCACACUCACAUGUUUAGUGGAUGUUAUUGGUCACAUACACAUGUUUAGUAGAUGUUAUUGGUCACAUACACAUGUUUAGUAGAUGUUAUUGGUCACAUACACAUGUUUAGUAGAUGUUAUUGGUCACAUACACAUGUUUAGUAGAUGUUAUUGGUCACAUACACAUGUUUAGUAGAUGUUAUUGGUCACAAUCACAUGUUUAGUAAAUGUUAUUGCGUGUGUAGCGAAUUGCUUGUGUUUCUAGCUCCAACAGUGCAGUAACAUCUAACAAUUUUACAACAAUUUUACAACAUAUACCCAAUAUACCCAUAUACCCAAUACAUAUACCCAUAUACAUACAAAUCUAAAGUAAAGGAAUUAAGAAUAUAUAAAUGUAUGGAUGUCAGAGCGGCAUUUACUAAGAUACAGUAGAAUAGAAUACAAUGUGAGAUGAGUAAUGCAAGAUGUGUAAACAUUAUGAAAGUGACUAUUGUUCCAUUAUUAAAAUGGCCAGUGAUUUCAAGACUAUGUUUUGUAUGUUUGCAGCAGUCUAAAGUGCUAGUGAUGAUUGUUUAACAGUCUGAUGGCCUUGAGAUAGAAGUACCGGACCCUCCGUCUCUGAGCCUCAGUCUCUCGGGUCUCAGCUUUGAUGUACCGUUCUAUUCAUGUGAUUAUCAGUUGAUGUAUUUCUUUCCUUUUGUUUCCAUAACAACCAUCUAUUCCUUUUGUUUCCAUAACAACCAUCUAGGGACAGGUGUUGGAAAUGAGUUUAGGCGGGAAACACUAUAGUCCAUCUGAAGAUUGUUUAAUGUGUUGAUGUGUUGGUACUUGUCUCUAUCCAAAUAAAACAAAACAAAAACAUUUUAUGACUUCGUUUUCUGAUAUCAAAACAGAAAAACCUCCCGAAUGUUUACAUUUUUUGACCAUUUAAAUCAUUUAUGAAUAUUUCGUUUUUUGUGUUUUUAAUAAAUGUCCCAUGAGGCACAUGA